GGAACAGCAUGUCUUGCUUUUAGGAAACUGCUUCAAAAUCAAUAUUUAAAAUCGGAGUGUUUCAAAAAUCACUGAAAUCACGGCGCGUGAGAGGAAUGUUUACAUACAGACAUCGAUAGUGCGUCCGGCGGUAUCGAUCCAUCGCGGCCAAGCGAUUGAAGCUGUAGCCCUGAAUAUUCGUUUGGUUUGCCAUCACUGCCUUCGGUUCGGACAUAAACAACUACAUAAACAACGUACACUUGAAAAAAGGGAAAAUCGAAAAGAAAGAAUCGUCAAGCAGAAACAGGUGCACUUGUCACGGUUUGAUUGACACAUUGUGACGUUGCAGAAUGGAUACGGAUGAGGAUAGUAAUGCUGAAGCGGCAUCCGCGCGCAAGCGCCAGAAGCGCCAUGAUUCCGAUGACGAAGAUGAGAGCUCCAGCAGCCGCUCCGCUGCAGGAGAUGCGACCAUGGACAUAGACUCCUCGGCAGCACCAGCUGUAAGCGAAGAAAAAACGGCAGUCGUAAGCGAGACUGAAAUAGGAACCCAAAACAACACCAACACAAGCAGCAACGAUUAUAACAACGACAACGACGACGAUGACGGCGAGAGCAACAGAGAGGGAGGAGUAAGCAGCCAGCAGAUUUUGCCGCAGGUUGAGACGACAGGGGGCAACGACGAAUCAAUGGCACCGCCAGAGGAGGCUGCCACAAAGAUUAGUCUCUUGCUGGGUGCGCUGUCGCCAGCGGCAGCCAGUGCUUUGCUUCCGAUAUUUACUCCGCUACAUGCCAUCGACAGCGAUGAUAAUGAUGAAGCAAAUCCCGGCACUUCCAAUGGCACUGACACUUCGCCCACAUUCAACCAGCGCAAUAUACCAUCCACACGUUCCUAUCGCCGCAUAACCGUCGAUCCUGUGGCCACAUUGGAGAGCAGCAGCGACAGUGAGUCAGCUGCCGCCGCCCCAGCUCUGCCCAGUGUAGACGAAGAGCCCGAGGUAGCCGCAGAGGCAGCAGAACCGAAUCCCAUACCCAACGACGACGACGAGCAGUCAUCGAGUGACGCCGAUACCAUCAAUAGUCGCGUGGAGGAUGACUUUUGGACCCACUACAGCAGCUCCAGCACCAACAGCUCCAGUGAUGGUGGAAUGAUGGACCACAGUGAUUGGAUUGAACCGGAGCCAAAUGCGGCCGACCGGGAGAACAUUGACUUUGCCGUGAACGAAAUCAUGUACAAGGAUAAACCGCCAUACACCUGGAUCUCGGCCAAUGAGCUGAUGCAGCGCGAACACAAUAUCAUCAAUCGGAUUGGAUGGCGCGGCGGGCACACCUCGGUGCAGAGCUUCGGGCGUGGCUUUUACGGAUCCAGGCAUGUCGUGGAGCAGAUGUCACUCUGGAAGACAAUGAAGAAACACAAUGGCUGCGUGAACUGCCUCAACUUCAAUCGGGCCGGAGAUCUGCUCUGCUCUGGCUCCGACGAUACACGAAUCAUCGUCUGGGACUGGGCCAACGAUAAGCCGCUGCACGUGUUCAAGUCGGGCCAUCACACGAACAUAUUCCAGACCAAGUUCAUAGACAGUGCCGGCUGCCUGGACAUUGUGUCCACCAGUCGCGAUGGUCAGGUGCGACGCGCCGUCAUUCCUCCAUCCGGUGGCGACACAAAGCCCACGCGACUCUACACGCACAGCGAUGCUGUGCACAAGCUCGUUGUGGUGCCGCACACCAAGCACGAGGUGAUGAGCGCCGGCGAGGAUGGUGCCGUCAAGCACUUUGAUCUUCGCACCAGCACAUCCGCCAACACCAUGCUGAAGGUUGGCUACACCGAUCCCAACAGGCGGGGCCAACGGAGCCGCGUGCGUCUCUUCAGCAUUUCGCAUCAUCCGUUUGCGCCCGAGUUUUGUGUCAGCGGCGCUGAUGACAAUCUGCGUGUCUACGACAAGCGCAAGCUGCCAGAGCCCAUCCACGAGAUGACCCCCCGAGGCGUUCGGGAGACAAAAAUCACGCAAAUCACUUGCGCCGUCUACAAUCACAGUGGCAGCGAGAUCCUGGCCUCCUACAGCGAUGCUGGCAUCUUUCUCUAUGACACCCGCAACUACAAAGAGGGCGAAUCUCUUCAUUGCUACGAGGGUCACGUAAACCAUCGCACCAUCAAGGGCGUCAACUUCUUUGGACCACGAUCCGAGUACGUCAUCAGUGGCAGCGACUGCGGUCACAUCUUUUUCUGGGACAAGAACACAGAGUCAAUCAUUAACCACAUGAAGGGCGACAUGGCGGGUGUUGUCAACUGCCUGGAGCCGCAUCCCUGGAUGCCAGUGCUGGCCACCUCGGGCCUGGAGCAUACUGUCAAAAUCUGGACGCCCGAUGCACCCGUAAAACAAAUCCCAAAACCCGAUGGGCUGCGUGAGACGCUCUAUAGAAACUUUCGACGCAGCAUUUGGGAGACAGUUGGCGAAGACAAUGCCAGCCAACAGGGCCUAUUAUUUUUUCGUCAAUUCUUGGAUAAUCCCUCCACCAUGGCACGCUGGCACAAUCGUCGCUAUCGCCGUCGCAAUCGUGCUGCAGCGUCUGCUGAUGCGGAUGCCGCACCUGGAGCGUUGCCAGAGCACGACCAAAACAGUAGCAGUGCCACCAGUUCCGUCAGCGACAACAGUUCCAUGUAUCGGCGACGCGACAGCAGCAGCUCGGAGAGCAACCACGGCGAGGCAUAUGAAAUGCGCUGCAACACGCAAUAAGCCCAAUCCAAAGUUUAGCUCCAAAAUAUCUCAACAUCUCGAGUGGUGCAAGUGGAGUUAGCUGCAGUUAGAUUCUGAAACGAGCUGAUCUGCGAGUCUCUUUCCUUUGUUUGUUUUCUUAGAAGCGUUUUGAAUGCUGUGAAUUUGUACUUGUAAAGAAUAGGCCUGCAUAUAUUAUAUUAUUAUAUUAAUUUGGAAC